AUGUCGACAGACAAAACCGUCACUUCGCCGUCAUCGUUUUCGUCGUCUUCCACCGAGUUCAUAGAAAAUCGUCGCAUUUUUUGUGGAUGUGCUGGCGCUAACAGAUAUGGUAUUCUUGUGUUGUGCCUCUUAUUUCUCUCGUUUUUGAUGUCUAGUUUGAUCGCCUUCAACGCCACUUUUGUCGCGAUGAUGGACAAGACAACAUCGCCGCUCUACAAUGGUUCCGUCUCCAACCAGACCGAUUGGGCUAGCUCCGAUCUGCCUAUUAGGGAUCGUCGAUUCACGUUUGGAGUAGUCGAAAAGAGUUUGAGCUUUGCUGGUGGUUUCACGGGCUCGAUGCUUGCCACCUUGCCGCUGAGCGAGAUGCUACAACGCUACGGUGCUCACAAGGUGAUGACUGUCGUUGGGAUUGUGUGUACUUUUGCGACUGCCGUCACUCCCGUCAUUGUCAGCUGGUCAUUCCCGUGCUUCGUCGUGCUCAGAGUGAUCUCGGGUGUUUCCAUUUCGAAUUCGUUCCCCGUGGCCGGCUGUGUGGUGAAUGAAUGGGCCACUGCGGCGGAGAAGGGCCUCUUUGUGGCCGUUCUUUCCGGAUAUGUGGAGCUCUCCGCACUGUUCACGAUGCCGAUUAGUGGACUCGUCGCGACCAAAGUCGGCUGGGACUGUGUCUUCUAUCUCCAUGCGAUCCUCUGCGGAUUGUUCACCAUCCUUUGGGCUGUAUAUUAUAGGGACGUGCCGGUAAAGCACCCAUUCGUAACCGGUCGCGAGUGGCAGAAAAUAGGCUUCGCCAAGCCGCCACUGCUCGAAAAAACAGCGCCUCCCCUCCGGCGCAUCGUCAGUUCCACGUUUAUCUGGGCUAUCUGGAUCGCAGUCAUCGGCAGCUUCCUUGUAGCCCAGUUUACCAUUUCGUACUCACCCUUAUAUCUCUCUUAUGUGCUCGGCUUUCCCACAAUGAGUGCUGGAUUUCUGACUAUUGCACCUCUCGCAGCACAGCUGCUAAUUAAACUGACCACCGGAUUGGCAUCGGAUCGUCUCAGUUGUUUGUCCGAGAUCAGCAAGCUGCGCUUGUUCAACUCGAUUGCCUUGCUUGGCUCUGGCCUCCUCUUCAUUUUGGUCACAGUGUUUCCACCUGUAGGAAAUGCCUUUGAUGUUGUUCUGAUCAUUAUUCCUGUUGCACUACUCGGAUUCUCCUCUGGUGGAUACCCAAAAUGCGCUGUAAUGGUGUCACGUCAGUACUCCCCAUUUGUGAUGUCGAUAGUGCAGAUAGUGGCGUGCUGUUCGUUGCUCGCCGGUUCGUUCCUCGUGCCGGCCCUCACCAGACAUGACACCUUCGAAGAGUGGCGAACAGUGUUUCUCAUCUAUGCCAUCGUGCUGACACUUUCGAAUACCAUAUUCGUCGCAUGUGCAAGGUAUGUCUUUGUUCGAAGUGUUAAAUUCAGUUCACUGACGUUAUUGCAAAACCCGCAUCGAUUACAACCACCGAUAAGAGAUUUAGUAACUAAUCCUCUAAAAAGUCAAAAAUGCCCUAUCCAGGCCGGUUCACCACCGAUUCUACCAAUUAGGACAUGA